AUGAGAUUGUACGAUCCUCGCGCACAACGGCGUCCAGUGAAAAAGAUUUCGUUUAUGGAUGUGCCGAUCACUGCGAUCAGUCGUUGCUACAAGGACAACCAUAUUUUAGCCGCUAACUCUAUUGGUGAAAUGGGAUUGUUUGAUUUGCGCAGCAAAGUUCAUCCUGUUUGUAAGUACAAAGGGCAAGCCGGUGCUAUUCGCUCCAUUGAUGCCCAUCCAACUGCACCGUAUGUAGCAACUUGCGGUAUUGACCGAUUUGUUCGAGUUCACGAUAUUGACACGAAAAAGCUUGCUCAUAAGAUUUACUGCAAAACUCGUCUGAAUCGAGUACUCAUUCGAUCUGAAUUACCCAGUCUCUUAACGGUCCUAGAAGGAAAUGACGAGCAGGAGUGGACCGAGCUGAAGAAAGAGAUGAACUGCGAAAGCGGCUCUUCGACGGGAAGCUUAUCGGAUGACGAUGCAUCGGUAGAUGAGGAGACGUGGGAGAGAUUGGCUGUAAGUGACGAUGAUUGCGGUUUGAACAACCGCCGAUCACGCAUUUUACACAGAAAGCGUAAGGAGGAUGAAGCGGUUGUGACCGAGGCGAAAGACGAUGACGAGGAGCCGGCAUUGAAAAAAAUGAAAAUUUCUAAACCAAAGAAAAGAAAAGAUGUUACCGCUGAUGAG